AAGCAUGGAGACUAGAUAAGGAGCACGAACUCAAACGGGAGAAUUGUCAGCAUCUGCCCACUAAAAUCGUACAUGUUAGGUAUUCUUUUUUCACCACUAGCGUCGCUAAUGUUCCUUUUGUACUGACGUGAAUAUAGCAUCGUAAAUACAUGUGAAGUGAGCCAGUAAAUAUCUUAACCGCAAUUUUUGUAAGUAAAUAAUAACAAAUGUGUCUAAAAAUCUCGUAAAAUAUUUUUAAUAAUUUUGUAAGUUCUAUUUUUAUAAAAAAAUAAAAAAUGGGCAGAGUGUGUGCCGUUAAAAAUUGUAAUAGUGGAAGUGCGGCUGAUAAAAAACGACGGAGUGAAUUAAAUUUAAAAAGCCCAGGAUUUUUUAAGGUACCACAAUGUCCAUUGAAACGUCAGCAGUGGAUAGACUCGUUAACAACAGAAUUAAACGACCGUCAGUAUGUUUGUGAUUUGCAUUUUCAAAAUGAUGCAAUUCAAAAUUCCUAUCUCACAAAUUUACCAAACGGUGAAGUAAACAAAAUUGUAAAAGGUAGAAUAACUCGUAUGCCAGGAUCAGUUCCACUGAUUGUCAAUGUCAAACAAUCUUCAAUUAUUGGUGACUGUAAAAUCCAAGCUUUGAAUGAGUCAUCAAAGAUGCGUCAAUUAAUUCAUGAGCAACAUGAACAAAACCUGCAGUUUCAAGCUAUUGGAGAACACCAGGGUCAAUUGUUGUAUGAGAUAUCAGAGAAACCUAAAUCACUACAUGAGAAACAUAAACAAAACCAAGAGCAACACGUAAUUGAAGAGGACCGAGAUAAAUCGUUGAAUAAGACAUCGGAGAAGCUUGAAUCACUACAUGAACAAGAUCAUCAUCAGCAGCAGCAGCAGCAAGUUAUUGAAGAACACCAGGACCAAUUUUCAAAUGAAACAUUUGAGAAGCCUAAGUCAGUAAUUGAACAAGAUCAGCAGCAGCAAGUAAUUGAAGAACAAUUUAACUUCGAUGACAUGAGAACAGAAAACCAGGAACAAUCGUAUCACAAGAAUCAAGAAAAUGAACAAAUCAAUAACAUUCUACCGCAAUAUAGAUUACCAGUGAAACGGAAAUUAAAAUAUCCUGAUGAAAAUGAGACAUUGAAGCGUCAAAAAUAUUCUGAGCAUGAUAUUGAUAUUAACCGUCAAAUAAAUUUUGAUAAUGAUACUGAAAUUAUGGCCAUCAUUAUUGAACUGAACAAGUUGUUUCCAAUUGGUUGGAGCUUUUUACCUGGUAUUAAUCAAUUAAUAGCGAUUCAGUUUGAUCGUAUUAAAUUUAAAGAAAGAGUACGGUUGGUCCUAAAUGACGAUCAUUUUGUAUCGGUUACAUUUUUAGAAAAUUAUAAAAAAAAAAUUGAUAGACAAAUAAAAUCAGUCAAUGAUUUAAUUGAGUGUUUAAAAUCUAUGGAACAAAAAAAAUUAUGCACUGGAACUGGAUAUGACAAAAAAAGUUAUUCAUUAAAAUGUUAUGCUGACGUGACUGACAAAUACAAACGUUGUCAAGCUUGUCCGAGAUGUCAAGAAUGUCAAAAACUACGUUUAAAUUUACAAAAAGUAGAAAAAAGUCGAAUCCUUAAUACUGAGAACAAAAUAAAAAGAAAAACUUCUAAAGCUACCAAUUUAGGACUCUAUAAAAAAACAAAACGUAUUCAACAACAGCUGCAAUUAUCUACGUUAAAAUUACGUAGUAUUCAAAGAAAAACAAAAACUGUGUAUGAAGGCCAAUUUAAUAAAAAACUUUCUUUGCUACCAAAAGAACAACAGAUAACAGUGAGAAUGUGUUUUGAAAACUCCCAAAAGAAGGGUCCAACUGGCAGAAGGUAUGAAAUUGAGUGGAUUUAUGAAUGUCUUCUCAUACGAAUGAAAAGCACUUGUACGUACAAUAUGAUAAGAGCAAGAAAUAUAAUUCCUCUACCAACUAUUGACACGUUAUCGAAGUAUAUACAAAAAAUUAGUUCGUCAAUUUUUGGAUUUUUACCCGAAACGUUUGAAAUCCUACGGAAAAAAGGAGAAUCAAUGGCACCUGAAGAUAAAAUUGGCCAAAUAUCAGCUGAUGAGGUUAAACUUAUGGAAAAUAUUGAGUUUAAUAAAAAAAUAGCUGAGUAUACUGGUUUUGUUGAUCUAGGAAAGUAUACAUCCGAAUCUGAUAGUGACGUUCCUGGAGAUCACGCUCUCGUUUUUAUGUUUAUACCGUAUCGGGGGACUUCUGCUCAACCUUUAGGAUGCUUUAUCACUAAAAAUUCUAUAACUAGUGAAGUUCUUCAUAAGCUAUUUUUAGAAUGUAUUAUACUUGUAGAAAAUUCUGGUUUUCGUGUGAAUUCUCUAGUAACUGACGCUGCUCAAUGGAAUAGAGGAGUUUGGACGAAAUUAGGAGUUGACACAAAUAACAUCAGUUGUGAACAUCCGUGUGACUCUAGCCGUAGAUUAUAUAUGAUAUCAGACUUCCCACAUUUAGUAAAAUGCUUUCGGAAUGGAUUGGUUGAGUUAGAUGAAUUUGAGACACCUGUAGGAGUAGUCAAAAAAAAGUAUUGGGAAAAUCUUUUGCUGGUAGAGCAAUAUGAAAAACCUAAUUUGGCAAUGGCUUACAAACUGACACCUGCUCAUUUAGAUCCUAAACUUUAUCAAAAAAUGUCUGUUCCACUGGCUUAUCAGUUGUACUCACGCGAAGUUCGUUGUGCAAUGACGAUUUUACGAGAAAAUGGAAACGAAAAAUUUGAAGGCUCAGAACCAACUGAGACAUUUAUCAAAAUAAUUGAUGAUGGAAUCCAAGCUAUGACCUCGCACGAUGCUAAGAACGCACUAUACUUUAAGGAUUCCUGUGAACAAAAGAAGAAUGAUUACACAGCUGACAAUGGAUUCAAUCAUUUAAAUCGUAUGCUGCCUUCGGUCAAUACUGUAUUACAGAGUCAUCGACAUCAUCACAGAUUGAUUGGAUCAAUAAAAAAUAUUAUUCCUAUUUUCAGUGGAUUUACAAAUUUUUGUUAAUGGAUAAAGAGUUGAAGAAAUUAAAACAGAUAAGAGUAAUAACAAUACAAAAAUCACCCAUAAUCGAUGCUGGCAGGAGAUGAUAAAUUAAAAACAACAUUAACAAAUAGUUUUAAAUAUCGCAAUACUAACUUCUAAUCGCUUUGUGAAACAUCUAUGCAUACUAUUGUUUAUUAAUGCUUUCAAUUGUUACUUCCAUUGAAAACAUUCCAAAAUUUUUUUGUCUAUGCAUUCUUCCCAUAAAUAAUUCUUUUCCAUAUGUUCUUUUCCCUUUUCCUAAAAUACAGGCCAUUUUGACUUUACUGAAGUUUUUAGAAGAUUGGGAAAAAAUGUUUACUAACACAAAAACUCCCAAAGUGUCUAUCCCGAAGAACUCAAUUUCAGAAAAUUCAGUUUUAAAGGAAGUGACUCCAAAUAACUCCAAUCCUAAAAAUGCAGUUAUUGAAAAAGCGACUCCAAUAAUUUCCACUCCAAAAAAUUCACGCUCAGAGAAAGUGAUUCCAAAAAAAUCUAUAACUCCAAAAAGCUCUACACCAAAGAAAUCUACACCGAAAAACUCUACACAAAAAAAAUUUACACCGAAAAACUCUACACCAAACAAUUUAGUCUCAAAAGUAGCAACUCCACAAAAUUCGAUUCUUAAAAAUCCAGUAUUAAGAAAAUCAACUCUGAGAAGCUCUACUCCAAGAAACUCAAUAUCAAACAAAGUGACUCCAAAAUCCAAAUCAAAAAAAAAUCUUUUUCCUAUAUCUUCUAGCUCUACAUCAGGUUUUAAAGUAACAUUACGAGCCACUUUAGAAAUUUUAUCUGAGUUACACAAUAAUUAUGGAUACGAAUAUCUUCUAACAUCUCGGUUAACUCAAGACAAUCUUGAGAGAUUGUUUUCAGUUAUGAGAUACUGUUGUGGUGCCAAUGAUCAUCCAACUCCCCAGCAGUUUGGUCAAGUUUUUCGUUUGUAUUGCUGCAAUGCUAUGAUUAAACCUCCGAAAGGUUCAAAUGUAACUGGAGUUGAAUUACUUCAAACUCUAAUGAAAACUAAGGACUCAUUGGAAAUGUCUCGUCAACCACGAAUGGCGUGGUUGGAAAAAAUUGACCAAAUGCUUGAGAACGCUGUACCACUUGAUGCAAUUUGGCAAGAUAAUUUAUCCGGGAAUAGCAAUAUCAGUAUUAUGAGUGAAAAUAGCCUAAAUGGCGCAACUACGGAACUGGAGAUAACUACUUCUACAACAGAAGAAUUCAUGCAAGAUCAUGAUUAUGACGUUGUGUCUACAAGCAGAGAAGUUCAAGCAUACAUGGCUGGUUAUAUUGUUAGAAAACUUAAAGCUAAGUGUAAGUGCCUAUUGUGCUUAAAAAACCUUCAAUCAUCUAAUGAUGAAUCACAUUGCCGAGACCGUUUCAUUGACUUAAUGGAAAAAUACGGCGGAUUAUCACGAGCUAGUGAUGGUUUAUUUCAAUUGACAGUACAAUUAGAAGCUGCUUUUUUGGACGUUGUUGGUAGAGUGGGGCUGAGUCAUGGAAUUAUUUAUAAAAUAUUAAACAGAGUUGAGAAAAUUUUACCAACACUAUCAUUAGUUGGAUGUGCGGUUCAUCAGCUUGAAAUAACAAAAGAAAUAAUUGAUUUUUAUAUAACUAUGAGGCUCUAUUUUCUUGGUAAAACUUUUAACAAGAGAAAUCAUUUGAGAAGAGAAAAAAUGAAAACUUUAAAAAAAACUUCCAAGCUCGUAACAUAAAUUAUAUUUCAAAAGAAUCUUGUUUUAAAUAUUCAUUACUAAAAUUAUUACCUUCUAUUUAGUUAAUCAUUAUUUAAUAAGUACUUAUUUUGUUUGUAAAAAACUGUAAGCUUA